AUUGACUUCGAGUUGUUUUGCAUUCAUGUUUCAUUUCUGUUGCCAGAUAGUCUAAUGAGUCUCCAGGUUGAGCAAACGGUAUAGCAGUAUCAGUUGACCUAGAGAGUGCGCCGCAGUCAACACGGCAAGUGCAAUGGCAGCUAGUGGUGAAUCAGUUGAUCAAGCUACAACAGAGGCUGUGCUACUCACAGAUCCAAAUCGUGUAAUGCAAAUGAAAACCAGAGAGCUUGUCCGUCUUUGCAAGAAGCUAGGCAUUACAUUUGAUACGAUCUCUGAUGAUGGACGCUCACAAUAUAUCGAAGCUUUCUUGCAGCGUCUCAGUGAUAGUGGAAAUUUCAUUCCAGCAAAAGCUCCUUUGGCGUCAGCGCUGGGAAGAUUCAAAGAAAAGCGAACUCGCUUACAAGAAUGGAUGCUCCCUCUCAUUGACAAACUAGAGUCCUUUCUCAACAGAAGAGAUGUGAAGCGUUGGUUGGAUAAACUAAAGAUUUCUGAAAGUGAAAAUUGGAUUGAUCAAGCCACAUUCGAAAUGAUCAGAGAAAAAAUUGGAAAAGAAGUACCAAAGUUACUUGUUUGUGGUUGCACAUCUGCGGGGAAAAGCUCGAUGUUAAAUGUUCUUCUGGGAGAAGAAAUACUUCCCGUUGGGCAUGAUUCUACCACUUCAGUUCUGUGCGAAAUAUAUUAUACAGAAAGAAAGGACGAGAAAGCUGCAAUCAUACAUCUCAGAGAAGGAGACAAUUUGAGAGAGCGAAAGCUAAACUUGCGCGACGACGACGAUCGAUCACUGUUUCAAAAUUACAUUCUCAAAGGACGAGCUUCAUCAAAACACGCGAAAGAUGCAAAUAGAGACAAAGAAGUUUGCUUUAAAGUGGAAGUGCUGCUGCAUUUAGACUUUCUUCAGGAUAUUGUGCUCGUGGACAGUCCUGGAGUAACAGCAAAAAGGGAUUUGGCGGCUAGAGCGAAUCUACUGGAGCAUUGCCGUCACAGUACGCAUUGCGGAGUUGUGCAUGUUUUGGACCCGUCUGAAAAAUCAAGUGAAGAAGCUUCCCAAGCAGGAGGACUUGUAGAAGCAUUUGUAGAAGAAUCUCACAGCUUUGCCAUUGCCGGUUCGGCUCUCUUUGUCGCAAACAAAUGGGAUCAAGUUCUUGAGAGCAACCAAGUGCAGAAUGUUCGAGAAGUACUGUUGCAGCAACUAGCAAAGCUAUGGCCUGGAUUUCAAGAACAUCAAUUAGUGACUGUUUCUUCCAAGUUAUCAGCGCUAUAUUUAGCGGUGGGAGUAGUUCACCCAAACAUUGAAGAGUUGUGUAAAGGAAUUGCAGAUAUACUCGCCAACGGAGUUGAGAACAUAAUUAUGGAAACCGCAAAGUCAUGUUUUAAUCUUCUGCUAUUAAUUUCUGACGCUGUUUCUCGCACUUUACGCAGUUUCAACAUGCCCGCAGCAAAACGAGGGGCCAAAUGGCAACGAGAUUGGCGACGCCUAGAGCGGCAACGAAAGGACUAUUAUGACAACGGAAAAUUAGGCAGCAUGGUAAACGACCUAAAAUUCAAAAUAGCCAGUUUUUCUCAAUCUUUGGAAACUUGUUACAAGUCAGGAGAAUUAAGAAAUACGAUCAAAAAGAUGGCCGAAAAGCAAUCUAAAUACCAAGGAGACUUCACGUUAUCUGUUCAAGAGAAAUGUGUAGGUUUCUUUGUUGCUGAAUCUCUUCUCGACGCAAUAACAAAUCGUUCUGAAUACGCCGAGCUUAAGAUUUGGUGCGAAAACGAACUGGAAGUGACAAAGGCAUGUUCUGAAGUUGGAUUGCAUCUUCAUGACUUGGCUACCGUUUAUAGUACACAGCAGGCUAUUGCAUGCCGUUGCAACCAGAGUUGUUCAAGCAAUUCUACGAUGUUAAAAAAAUUAUUGUUUACAUUGUCUUCUGUGUUGCUACUGCCAUUCAACUUUGUCGGCAUCCUUAUACUUUUGCCUACUCUGGGUACUUAUGAUUUUUAUAAGAUUGUACCCACUUACUUCAUAGAUGACUUCUACAGCAAACUGUUGUUUGUGCAGCAAGUAACAAAAACUUUUGAAAAAUUCUUUAGUGAUUUGAUUCGUGACAACAACUUGAAAUUGAUCAAGCUGUUGGAAAAUUUGCUAUCGGACAAUGAUUCUUCUGUAAACAUGUUACUUCAUGACAUUCCCAAAAAACUUGCGAGAGACCUUGCAGAUCUAAACAUGUUAGCACAACAAGACGAAGAACACGUACAGGAAUAUAAGCGAUUACUCGAUGAAACAACCGAUAUUUGGAACCAUUUAGCAGUCAAAGUCAUCAAACUAGACGUUCACAAAUGGCAGAAAGAUUCGCUCACACUAUUACGCUCAAACUCCAGUGAAACGUCGACCACAACAUCACCAUCAGAAGACAAGGUUUUCGAUGCACGUCUGCAACGCUCAACGCUUACCGAAAGGCUUAACGAAAAUGUAGUAGUUGAAGAAAUCGCCAAUCUAAAGUCUACAUCAACAGCUGAAAUGCAGAAAUUACUGACAGUGGUUUUAAACAACUUUCAACUCAGACAUGAAAAUAUCGUCAAAGUUUAUGGAUCCGUGCUGCUCGGGCCGGAAAAUUCGACUAUCGGCUUGCUUUUUGAGCAAUGUUUCAAAUUCCAAGCUUCAAAUGAGAUAUUUUUGAGAGACGAACGAGGUUCAAGAAAAGUCGAGAGAGUCAAUGAGAUGGCUCUUCAACUCACAAAUGCUAUUUCUUUCUUGCACGAUCGUGCAAUUGUUUUCGGUGGCUUCAAAACGGACGAUCUAAAGAUUUCUUCCGAUGGUGCGAUUAAACUUGUUCCUCCUCCAUUCAGCAAACCGUUGUGGCCUUUAACAUCCAACCUCGACGGUCCCUUUCACAGCGAUGUUACAUACGUGGCUCCUGAAGUUCUCUUACAUUAUUUGUACGACGAAUCGGCUGACAUCUACAGUCUAGGGAUUAUACUGACGGAAAUAUGGAAUGGUCGUCGUGCUUAUGACGCAGACAAAACAAGUUCGAUUGGAUCAGUUAGGGACUUUAUAAACAAGGUGGAGAGUGGUGAGCUGCGACCAAGAAGCAUAAUCCAGCUGUCAGGAAAUUAUGAGCUUUUAGGCAGUGAGAAGACUAUAAAAUCAUUAGCGGUUAGAUGGCAAGACCUCGCUGAUUUGUGUUGGAACAACGAGCCUACAGAAAGACCAACAGCAGAGAAAUUUUGCGAAGAAUUGACGGAAGCAUCCCAGGCGUCGUAACUGUUUGAGACAAGAAAUAUGUAGACAACAAUUUAUGUUUACUUUUACAGCAAUUGUUUGCUUUUGUAUCUCUAGUUCUUGUAUGUACGUGACAGCUGAUGCAACGAUUAGAAUAUCGUAAUUUUUUCCAUUUAGUGACGUUGUUUACUGUUGAAAGACAUUGUACUAUUUGCAGAUCUGCACUAGAGUGACAUUCAUGUUUCGUACAUCUCUGGCACAGAGGAGGUAGUUCGCUAGCGUGCUUAAAUUUUGAGUAGUACUGCAGCUGACAAAUAGCGAAUUUCAA